GCGGCCGGCCACCUCCGCGCCCGAGCUGGUGGGGCCGGGGCGCGCGUCCCGCGGGGCGCCGUGGGGGAGUGAGUUCGCAAACUUCCGGGGCGCGGAGGAGGCGAACGGCGCGCGUGGGGGCCCCCUCCGGCGCUAGGGGCCGACGCCUCCGGAGGGCGCCCGCGGAGCCUCUUGAGCCCUCUGCGGAGGGUGAGCCCAGGGGCUGUGAGAAGAGCCGGGACGCCGGCAACGCGCAUACAGUCAUGGCCACCCAGGUAAUGGGGCAGUCUUCUGGAGGAGGAGGGCUGUUCACAGGCAGUGGCAACAUGGGCAUGGCCUUGCCUAACGACAUGUAUGACUUGCAUGACCUCUCCAAAGCUGAGUUGGCUGCACCUCAGCUUAUCAUGUUGGCAAAUGUGGCCUUAACUGGGGAAGUAAAUGGCAGCUGCUGUGAUUACCUGGUUGGUGAAGAAAGACAGAUGGCAGAAUUGAUGCCUGUUGCAGAUAACAACUUUUCAGAUAGUGAUGGAGAAGGACUUGAGGAAUCUCCUGAAAUAAAAGGUGAACCCAGUGGACUGGAAAACAUGGAACUGGAAAGUUUGGAACUCAGUGUUGUAGAACCACAGCCUGUGUUUGAGGUAUCAGCUGCUCCAGAAAUUUACAGCUCAAAUAAAGAUCUUCCUCCGGAGACGCCUGGAGCAGAGGACAAAUGCAAGAACUUGAAGAGCAAACCUUUUCGCUGUAAGCCAUGCCAGUAUGAAGCCGAAUCUGAAGAACAGUUUGUGCAUCACAUCAGAGUUCAUAGUGCCAAGAAAUUUUUCGUGGAAGAAAGUGCAGAGAAGCAGGCAAAAGCCAGAGAAUCUGGGUCUUCCACUGCAGAGGAGGGAGAUUUCUCUAAGGGCCCCAUUCGCUGUGACCGUUGUGGCUACAAUACCAAUCGAUAUGAUCACUAUACUGCUCACCUGAAGCAUCACACCAGAGCUGGGGAUAAUGAGCGAGUCUACAAGUGCAUCAUUUGCACAUAUACCACAGUAAGCGAGUAUCACUGGAGGAAACACUUGAGAAACCAUUUUCCAAGGAAAGUAUACACAUGUGGAAAAUGCAACUAUUUUUCAGAUAGAAAAAAUAAUUAUGUUCAACAUGUUCGAACUCAUACAGGGGAACGCCCAUAUAAAUGUGAACUUUGUCCUUACUCAAGUUCUCAGAAGACUCAUCUAACUAGACAUAUGCGUACUCAUUCAGGUGAGAAGCCAUUUAAAUGUGAUCAGUGCAGUUAUGUGGCCUCCAAUCAACAUGAAGUAACCCGCCAUGCAAGACAGGUUCAUAAUGGGCCUAAACCUCUUAACUGUCCACAUUGUGACUACAAAACAGCAGAUAGAAGUAACUUCAAAAAGCACGUAGAGCUACAUGUUAAUCCACGGCAGUUCAAUUGCCCUGUAUGUGACUAUGCGGCUUCCAAGAAGUGUAAUCUGCAGUAUCACUUCAAAUCUAAGCAUCCUACUUGUCCUAAUAAAACAAUGGAUGUCUCAAAAGUGAAACUAAAGAAAACCAAAAAGCGAGAGGCUGACCUGCCUGAUAACAAUAUUACCAAUGAAAAAAAAGAAACAGAACAGACAAAAAUAAAGGGGGAUGUGGCUGGAAAGAAGAAUGAGAGGUCUGUAAAAGUGGAGAAAAAAGAUAAUGUUUCAAAAGAGAAAAAGUCUUGUAGUAAUGCUUCAACUCAAGUGACUACCAGAACUCGCAAAUCAGCAAUGGAAACUAAAGAAAUGGAUGUGCAUACAGGAAAUAAUUCAGAAACAACCUGUAAAACCAAGAAAAGCAAAAGGAGGAUGGAAGCUGAAGCCCAACCCUUAAAAGAUCCUGUUAAUGAUGAAGAACCUGUGACAAAAAAGAAAAAGAAGGCAGAAAACAAAUCCAGAAAUGGUCAGGAAAUGCCAAAAGGUGAUAACAAAGUGGAGGAGACUAAAAAGCAAAAUACUUGCAUGAAAAAAAGUACAAAGAAGAAAAGUCUGAAAAAUAAGUCAAGUAAAAAAAGCAGCAAGCCUGCUCAGAAGGGGCCUGCUCAGUUGGAGUCUUCUCCUUCCAGGAAGCCCGCUCAGAUGGAGCCUUCUCCUUCCAGGGGGCCCGCUCAGAUGGAGCCUUCUCCUUCUAGGCGGCCCGCUCACAUGGAGCCUUCUCCUUCCAGGGGGCCCGCUCAGAUGGAGCCUUCUCCUUCUAGGCGGCCCGCUCACGUGGAGCCUUCUCCUUCCAGGGGGCCCGCUCAGGUGGAGCCUUCUCCUUCCAGGGGGCCCGCUCACAUGGAGCCUUCUCCUUCCAGGGGGCCCGCUCACGUGGAGCCUUCUCCUUCCAGGGGGCCUGCUCAGGCGGAGGCUUCUCCUCCCAGGCAGCCUGCUCAGGUGGAGCCUUCUCCUCCCAGGGGGCCUGCUCAAAUGGAGCCUUCUCCUGCCAGGGGGCCUGCUCAGAUGGAGCCUUCUCCUCCCAGGGGACCUGCUCAAAUGGAGCCUUCUCCUGCCAGGGGGCCUGCUCAGAUGGAGCCUUCUCCUCCCAGGGGACCUGCUCAGAUGGAGCUGCCCACUGCCAUGGAGUCUGCUCAGAUGGAUGUUGGUCAAAUGGAGCCGCCGCCUCCAAUGGAGUCUGCUCAGAUAGGGUCUGCUCAGACAGAGAUACCUCCUCCCGUAGGGCCUGCUCAGAUGGAGGUUGUUCAGGUGGAGCCGCCGCCUCCCACAGAGCCGCCUCUUCACAUCGAACGAAGUCCCAAAAAGUCUCCUCAAAAAGAUAAUAAAAAGGAAAAGUCCAGCAUACAGAGUGAAAUGGCACGGAAGGAGCAAGUCCUUAUUGAAGUUGGCUUAGUGCCUGUCAAAGAUAGCCAGCUUCUAAAGGAAGGUGCAGAUGCGCAGGAUCUCUCAACAUCAUCAACAUCACCGCCAAAGGAAAACUUAAAAGAAGAGGAGUCAAAAGACCAAAAAUUACUCACUGAAGGCAAAGGAAGUAAAGAAGCCCCUCUUCAAAAAGUAGAAGAGGCAGAGAAGAGCGUAGCUGGUCUUGCUGCUAUUAUCAAGGAAUCUGCCAAUAUUUCAUCCUCUCAACAAAACUUGACUAUGCCAGAGGGUGAAAUUUUAGAUGCUAAGUGUCAGUCUGACACUGUGCCUUGUGAAAUGGAAAUGGACACUGAUGAGAACAAAGCAGAGAAUCCCCCUGGCAAAGACCCAGCAGUUGAAGAACCAGUUUCACCAGUGCUGCUUCCCCUACCAAUAGAAAACCACGAAGCAGUGUCCAAAACUGCUAUGACUUCACCUCCUGUCACCAUGGCAGUACAUGAGUCUCAGGAAAUGGAUGAAGAUGAAGGCAUCCACAGUCAUGAUGGAAGUGAUCUAAGUGACAACAUGUCAGAGGGUAGUGAUGACUCUGGGUUAAAUGGGGCCCGGCCAGUUCCACAAGAAACCAGCAGGAAAAAUGCAAAGGAAGCCUUGGCAGUCAAAGUGGCUGAGGGAGAUUUUGUUUGUAUCUUCUGUGAUCGCUCUUUUAGAAAGGAAAAAGAUUACAGCAAGCACCUCAAUCGCCAUUUGGUUAAUGUAUACUUCCUUGAAAAAGCAGCUAAAGGGCAGGAGUAAUUAAACUUAGGAUAGGGGUUCAGUUCUUAGUUUAUAAGAUCUAUUACAUUUAAUAUUCAUUUAUAGUUGUAGACAACCUCUUAUUUUUAAAAUUGCUUUAAUUAGUGUCCAGUGUUGAUUUUUAAGUGGCACUCUUUUCUUUAGGACUCAGUAUACCUAUUGAUGGAUGAAUUUUAGCAAAUCCAAGGAAGUUAGUGUACUAAAUCAGCAGACACCUAAAGCUGUUAGUUUAUACAUUUAAUUGAAAUGAGAAGGCCAAGGUGGUAUUGCAGCAUUCUGUUGCUUUGUCUGGCUAUAACUUGUCACUUUUCUUGCCAUGUCUGUCUUCUUGUUUCACUUUAGUUGUUUUUUUUUCUUAGUUCUUUGUUUAGUUCUAUAAAAAUUUGGCAUACUUAAAUAGCAAAUUACUUGAAGAAUUUGCCUGCUUUAUAUAAAGUUAGCACUUUAAAAUUUUUUUAGAGAUGAGACAUUUAAAUUGAAGAAAAAUUCUCCCAACAGUGGACAUUGUAUCAGUCCAGGUAUUUACUUCCUGAGUUUUGAUCAAUAUUUCUAAUUUGUGUAUGUUAAUCGUCAUAAAACAAUGGUUUUGAUGUGGUUUUUUUUGUUUUGUUUUUUUGUGAUUUUUUUUGGUGCUUUAAUGGCUUAAGAUGUUGCACAUUUUUUUUUUUUAACCUAUGCAGUUCAAUUUUUUUCUAGGAAUAGUAUUUGUUGAACAGUAACACUUUAUACAUAUAUAUGCAUGUUUAUUUUGUCCUCCUCGGAGAGAUGCUUUUAGUCUUGUUUGCAAAAGGGCAGUUUUCUUUUUUCUUUGCUGCAAUUGUCUUUUUUGCAGAAUAUUAGUGUGUGCAAAUUUGUGAGCAAAUGAAACAUGCAGGUUCAAUCCAUUGAUUUUGAAUUUCAUAUCUAUAUCUAUGCCGGAAUCUGUAUUUCACGUAAGUUAUUUAUUUUAAAUGGAUGUAGUGAAUUCACAGCUCUCAUUUCGAGCUUUACAAUCAACCAACCACUAGGCUCUAUAAUUAAAUGGAUUUUUAUCCCAGAUACCAACCAUAAAUAUUUUGGAUUUUGUUUUAGUACAACUACUUCCUAGAUGUACAGUGUUAAGUCAAAUGUUUGAGGAAAACCUUUUUACAUAGAUGGUUGGUGUCCAUAUGGCUACUCAGCUGAAUAAAGAGCUAUAAGUGAUAUUUGGAAACUGCAAACCUAGAAUUAGGAGACAUAAUUACUCCUUCAAGUUAUACAGAACUUCAGUUGUGAGAUUCCAAAGCCAUAGCAAUUAUACAGCAAACCUAGGUUGAGAGAGGUAGUAUGAGUGCUGGUAGACCAGCUGCUACUUACUUCCUAUGAAUACAAUGGAAAAGGCAGGUGAAACUUAAGUACAGUCCAGAUUUUUUUAAAAAAUCACACUUUCUCAGGGAUCUCCACAAACUAGUGGGUGUCCUGGCUGUCCCUGUGACAGCCGUUUUCUACAGGUGAGGCCUCAGAUGAAUUGCAGCUAUCCUGGUGUUCCUGUGGGGGCACUUUGUAUUAAGAAAGAGUGUACUUCUAAACUUUCUUGGUAGGUUCUUUGGCCAGUUGCCAAAGAAUCUGAAAGAAUCCAACGGGAUUUUUCUUGGUGAUAGCAGUUAAUUCAUUUCAAAGUAUGAUCCCAGUAGGGAAUCUUGAACAAUUCUGAUCCUCCCAUGUUCUAUUCUGAAAUAACCACUUAUGUUUCAUUUAUUUUCUUUUAUCUGGUGAUCUCUUUGAGGCAGGUUUCAGAGUUUGGCAAUGCAACAUGAAAGAUUAGGAAAGCAUUGAUGAAGUGUGGGUGGAAAACUUAUUAAAAAUCUGAGAGUGAAGUUUGAGUUAAAAGACAUUUGAACUUGGAAUUGACUGGGAGGCCAAAGAUUUAAAGAAGAGAAGAUUCUCUCAAGACAUGAGGAGUAAGUUGUGUGUUAAUGGUGUGUGUUUUGUGUGCAUGAAUGGGAAUUUAUAAAUGAUGUUGAAUUCUAGAUGAAUUCACGGCUCCGACAAUCAUUGUCAACAGAAGAUCAAGCUGCAAAUAUUUAUGUUUUAAAACUUAAAUUAUAAAGCUAGUUAAAUCUUUCUAACAACUAGUUUUAAUGUUCAUGGGUACAUUUUAUGUAAGUUACCUUUUACAUUCUAUAUGAAAAGACUCAUGUUAAGUACAGAUUGGAGAUUGGGAAUCAGUUUGGGGAAGAGGUUUUGUGGAUUCUUUCAUGCUACAAAAGAAAAAAAUUAGACUUCUGGGGAAUUGAACUAAUUUUCUUACCUAGUUUUUAAGACUAGAAUGCUAAAAACAAAAUAUGAAGGAAAUUAAAACCCCUUAUUAUUAAAUUGAUCUGUGAAAACAUUGUUACUGGAAAUUGAGUGGGACUUGAGGCCUUUCUUCCAGAAAACAAGGACUUGAUUGUCAGGCCUAUAUUAGGUUCUGAACCUUAAUGCCAUGUAUUUGUACUUGUUAAAAAUUGUUUCAAUGAAAAAUAUAUUAGUAAUAUGAACUUCUGGUUUAGUUGGGAGUUCUUCCAUUUGAAAAAUGUGAUAUUUGCAUGGAACUGUUUGAAUCUUUGUUUUCUCAGUUUCCCCUCCACUGGAUAGAAUUGAAACUAGAAUUUUCCCUUUUGUUAAAGGAGUAAAAAGUGAAUAUGUUAUUUGUAAAUUGAUGUUUAGUAAAUAGAGAUAAACUUGAAAUACUAGAAUACAUUAUAAGCCUAAUCCUAGGUAGUCUGAUGAAAAUGUAUCUCUUUUAUCUCCUGAACCUAUAUUCACAUUGGUCUUCAAGUUACCUUAAGUUAUAUUUUUUCCUCUUUUCAGAGCUGCUUCUUUGGGGCUUUUUUUUUUUUUUUUUUAAUUGAGGUGUAAUUCAUGACGGGCUCCAUUUCUGAUAAGGCUUCUUAUAACUAUGGCUGGAUGUUUUGUUCUAGUCGUCCAAGAAGGGCCAUUUUAUUUUUUAGAGUCACUUCUAAAGUCAUGUGGUCUUUAACUUUGGGGACUAUUUUGCAUAUAAGUGCUAAUGCAAAAUAAAUUUAAACCCAAGUAGACUUCAUCACAUGUCACCCCGUGAAUGUUGACAAUGGAAGAAAUACCUUGCCUGUAGUAUAAUAUCAGUUCUGGACUGAAAAGCUGGGGCAGAAACUUAAUUUUCUUUUUUGCAUAAACCAGAAAAACAGCUAGUGCUAGACUGUGCAGUUUCCUUGUUGACCUCAGCAGAAUGAACUGAGCUGAUAGUGUUUAUUCAGAUUCAAUAAAUUAUCUGAAUCUUGGUUUGUGUAGACUUUCAAUCUACAUGCAAUUUUAACUGAGUCAGAUAGCUUUUACAUUUUCACUUGUGUACAUAGGCUCUCCCCAUCCUUUUCAACAUCCAUUAGUUAAUCUUUGUAAACUGGCAUCGGAACAUUACAACAAUGUUUUGUUGCACCAAUUUUAUAAACUUUUACAGUGCAAUACGUGUUAUUUUUCUGAGACAAACCAAAGGUUAAUAUCUCAAGGUUCUUGCUGCCUACUUUAGCAGCAUUUGAUGGGAGGAUCUUUUAUAUACAUUUGUAAUAGAUGAAAAAUAAAGCAGAUUGCAAAUCCUUUUUUUUUUUUCUAAAGCUUAAACCAUGUACCAAGUCUUUGGUCCAAAUUGUGUAGGAUAAGUUAAACUUAAAUUGCAUUCUAUUAACCAAUAUGAGUGUAUUUCUGUAAGCAUAGUUAUGUUGAAAUAAAGUUUUAAAAAGCA